AAACACAGAAGACAAAAAGUGCUUGCUGGAUGAAGUUCCAGGAGACAGCGGGAGAGUGAAGCGGGCUGCGUCUUACGUGCGCUGACAGCCAAUCACGUCCCCCAAUUGAUUUUGGGAACCAAUCACAGCAGCGCACUGGCUGUCACGUGUGAGGAAGAGGCUCGCACAUCAAACAUUAACAAGACGAAAAAGUUUUAGGGGUUUGUGCACAAAAGUGCCUCCAUUUUCUCUUUGGCGUGAAGAUUGAUUUAUCAAAAACUCAAUGACGACCAAAGAAACUGUCAUUUUGACCCUAGUCGAUUUAAUUGAUUGAAAUUAGUCGCAAAAAAAAAAAAAAAAAAAAACACCACGUGAGUUUCUCUAAUUCAACACAUUUGAUGAAUUUUUCAUAACUUUUUUGUUUUCUGAUCAGAGCGUAUCGAUCUUUGUUUUAGCACGUUUUUGUUUUUCCGACACUUGAUUUAAUUGGCGCUUUUUGAACGGCUGAGAUUGUGUUGUGUUAUUUUUUUUCACGAGCCACGUUGUUUCGGGCAGGCACGUGCUCGGUUCAAUACUGUGACAGCGUGGACGAGCACGCGAGCGCUGCUUGCUCUCAGGCACGAGACCGUCCGUAAAAGGUUAACGGAGGACCGACCGGAGGACAGCGCGAGGCAGCAGCGGUGUCAGUGGCGGCAGCGGCAUGGAGUUCGAGGAGUCCGGUAUCGGGGAGGAGUGCGGAGUUUUCGGGUGUGUCGCUGCCGGAGAGUGGCCCACGCAACUGGAGGUCGCUCAGGUCCUAACCCUGGGACUGGUGGCGUUACAGCACCGGGGUCAGGAAAGUGCUGGGAUUGUCACAAGUAAUGGAGCCAGUCCACCCACAUACACAACACACAAGGGAAUGGGAUUAGUGAACACUGCAUUCCCACCCGAGGCUCUGCUCAAACUGCGCUAUGGUAACCUUGGUAUUUGUCACACCCGCUAUUCAACUACUGGGAUUUCAGAGCUGCAGAACUGCCAACCCUUUGUGGUGGAUACGCUGCAUGGCAAGAUCGCUGUAGCACACAAUGGAGAGCUAGUUAAUGCGCAUGCCUUGAGGAAAAAGGUGAUGCGCCACGGUGUCGGCCUCUCCACCGGUUCAGACAGCGAGCUCAUUACCCAGCUGCUGGCUUUUACUCCACCGACGGAGGAGCUAGACUCACCUGACUGGGUCGCCAGGAUAAAGAACCUCAUGACUGAAACCCCCACGUCAUACUCGCUGUUGGUCAUGUUCAAAGAUGUUGUCUAUGCAGUGCGUGACCCUUACGGAAAUCGGCCUCUUUGCAUUGGACGGCUUGUUCCCAUCUCUAAACUGCACACCACAGGUGCUGGAGAGGAGGACACCGAGGGCUGGGUUGUGUCGUCAGAGUCAUGCAGCUUCCAGUCCAUCGGUGCCAAGUAUUACAGAGAGGUCCUACCUGGAGAGAUAGUUCAGAUAUCCAAACAUGGAGUCAAGUCUCUGAGUGUGGUGCCCCGUCCCGAGGGAGACCUCCCUGCCUUCUGCAUUUUUGAAUAUGUUUACUUUGCCAGACCAGACUCUAUUUUUGAAGGACAGAUGGUCUAUACUGUGCGGCAGCGCUGUGGUCGGCAGUUAGCCAUCGAGGCUCCAACAGAUGUGGACGUGGUCAGCACUGUGCCAGAGUCUGCAACCCCAGCUGCCCUGGGCUACGCUCAACAGUCUGGCCUUCCAUACAUAGAGGUUCUGUGUAAGAACCGCUACGUUGGGAGAACAUUUAUUCAGCCAAAUACUCGGUUGAGGCAGCUCGGAGUGGCCAAGAAGUUUGGGGCAUUGACCGACAACUUUGCUGGGAAACGAGUGGUGUUAAUUGAUGACUCCAUCGUCAGAGGCAACACCAUCUCCCCCAUCAUUAAACUACUGAAAGAAGCUGGUGCAACAGAGGUCCAUAUCAGGGUGGCAUCUCCACCUAUCAAGUUCCCCUGCUACAUGGGCAUCAACAUUCCAACCAAGGAGGAGCUCAUUGCCAACAAGCCAGAGUUUCAGGACAUUGCUGGUUAUAUUGGUGCUGACAGCGUUAAGUAUCUGACUGUGGAGGGCCUCGUAUCAGCUGUCCAGGAGGGAAUCGCCUCCCUGCAGGAGAAGGACAAGAUCAGCUCCUGUAACAAGUCCAGCAGGAGAGUGGGCCACUGCACCGCCUGCCUGACUGGGAAAUAUCCAGUGGAGCUGGAGUGGUAGCUGCUGUCCCAACAGCACAACCAACUGUAUUUACAGCAGCAACUGCACCAUGGAUGUACCGAAAGCUUCCACAACUGGAAAAGAUACAGCCUGGUGUCUGAUUACUGCUAGCUAGGACACUAAAAGAUAUUGCACAUCUCCAGCACACUCUUUUUCUGCAAAAGGCUCAUCAUCUGGCUCAGAUCAUAAAAAGAGCCGUUGAAAAAUGUUGCUUUUGCUGACCUCUAGUGCCUGAACUGUAUCCAUUAUGUUCUUUGCUGUUUUUUUUACAUUCCAGGUACAACCCACUUUUGUUACUUUUAUUUGGAAGGUUACAGGUCAGAUGUAUUUUCAGAAAAAAUCUUAAAAAUUAGUUUAAUAUGCUUUCACAUAUAUUCCAAGUUUUUACAAACAGGAGCCUUAGAUAGAAUUUUCUAUGUCAGAAGAUCGCACAAGACUAGUGACCAAAAAGUGAAAUGACCUUUAUUUUCUUUGUUUACUUUAUUAACCACAAUGCUGUAUUGUUUUGGUCUGUUUGAUAUUUUGUUGUCUUAAAUUUUACAUAUAAAGAAAAAGUACGUAAAAUAAACAGAUUAACUGCAA